UGCCCUUUUUGUUACUUGUGUUGCUGUGGCAUCCGAUGACACCCAACACAAACAUAGCACAACAGGGAAGUACAGCACGGACGGGGGACCCCCUGGACGACGCUGAACCUGGUGGGUGGGCAAUGUAGCAUCCACAUUCUCGCGCCUCCGCCGUGUACCUGCAUACGCUGAGCCUUUAGCCGCCCCCCUCCGCGGCUCGACAGCUCGUUCAACCGCGAGACAUGCAUACAGCACUUUGUACCGCCUCUUCAUGCGAGGACCCUUGCGGUAGCAGUCUUGGCCCAUUCUAGCCGCCCGAUAUCAGACAGACGCCGUAUUCGAAACCUGCCAGCCAAUGUUGGCGGCCCUCUGAUGCUCCACAGCUGCCAGCAGAUACACCAUCACCGUUUCAUGACCGCAGCCGCCGCCAACAUCAACCCUGGUUUCAUGUGGACUACAAUGUACCAAUUCCGUCGUGGACCGACAAGAGGCCCCCCUCCUUCUCGCCGCCUACACCUCGACCCAUCCUCCUGUCUGCCGCUUGGUCCUUUGCAAGGGAUUCCGUUGCUGGGCCCCCCAGUAACCUCUCUGUGCUCCACCACCAAGGGCCCCCCGUUCCCCAGAUCAGGUCUUGUCAUCUCACCUGGUCUCGACUCGAUGCCAAUUCUGGCCUGUCAUCCUGUCAACUGAUCCUAUGUAUAUAUUUUUAUAAGUAAGGACAGCCAUCCCGAUAUCUGUCUCGUGUCUUGGCUUCUCUUUUUCUUCUUUUCAUUGAGUCCAAGCAUCUCUGCCUUGAACAGCAUCAC